AUGUCUUCAGCAGAGAAGAAACGUCUCCGGGAUCGCCGGUCGCAGCAGAAUCUCCGCAACAAGAGGUUGCGGCGCGCCACCGAGCUCGAAGAAAAGGUGGCCUAUUGCGAGAGACACCAUAGCGACCUGGGUGUGCAACGACUUCUCCAGGUCGUCGAAGGCCUCCGGAAGGAAAAUGAAACUCUCCUCACUCGCCAGACGAGUCUCAGAUCUCUUGUCAAGUCAUGGGAGACCGACUUAAACACAGGCGUAGACCACUCAAGUCAGAAUGUGCCCUCCUUCUACACGGGACCGCACGGUCGGGAAUCGCUACUCCCACCCUUCCACCGCAGCAAUGGCUCAAGCUCACCAAACGAGCUUGGCAACUUCGCCGACCAUCGCAUAUCCGAUUCAGCAACCCGGCCAACUCCACAAACAUACCAAUCUCCUGAAUCCCUCCCAGCAGAAACAACCCCCCUUUGGACCCAACUCCCACCCCACAACGACGACUUCUCCAGCAGCCGCGCCAUAGUCUCCUGCCCAUGGUUCGCCUACCCGGAGCAAAUAACCCCAUGCCCAGAUACCCCUGCCUCACCCCUGGAUAUCCUGUACGGCACAAAAACAAACCCACUGGCAAACAUGAUUCACACAGCCCUCCAACGACGCCCAAUCCGGGAUCCAGAAAGACUGGCUAUCGGCUGGUUAACCUACCUGAUGUCGCGCUGGAUCCUCGCGGCCAGUCCGGCCACUUAUGAGCGACUUCCGUUCUUCCUGCGCCCUGUGCAGGGCCAGAUGCAGAUUGCGCAUCCGAUGGUAUUAGAUUUCUUGCCGUGGCCGAAGCUGCGACUUAAUUUGAUUCAGCGAUGGCAUUUGUAUGGAGAUGAUCGUGAUGGAUUGUUUGGGAUGUUUGCUUGUUGCGUGAAAAUUCGGUGGCCAUGGGGUGAGCCCAUUCUUGAGCGGGAUGCACGAAAUGAGUUGGAGAUUAAGAAGACAUUUUAUGAGACGUUUAUGAGUGAGAGUGGGUGGGGGCUAACGCCGGAGUUUAUUGCGCAGUAUCCGGAUCUCAUGACGGGGAUUGAUAUUGCGACUCUUGUGUUUGAGGUAGUAUAG